AUGAAUGCACCUGAUGAUGAUUUAUUGGAUACAUCGGAUUUUUAUUUAUUUGUCAAAACAAACAGUAAAUUAUUUCCACCACAAAUUCAACCAGGACCAUCGGAUCCAACAAAAGGUACAAAAUUUAUUCUUGCUGGUAAUACAACAACAAAAUCACAAUGUGCAGUACUUAUUAGUGCACCGAUUGCUUGUCAACGAGCUCCUGGAUCAUUACAAUUCAAAUAUUGGCUAUACAAUGAAGCAAAAAUUGAAGUAUUAAUUUUAAAGCUUUCUACACGACGGAAUCGUCUUCGGAUUAUUCUACGACCGCAUACCGAAUGCUACUUCAUUCGUGCCUUUAAUGAUCGUUGCAAAGUUGAAAUACCGGAAAUUACUGAACCAUUUCGAAUUGGUAUUCGUGCCCAUGGUUUAAAAGAUUCAGCAUUGGGUAGUCUCGUGAUGAUAACUGAUAUUGAAUAUAAAGCUGAAAUAUGUUUGGAACCUAAAUUAUCAAAAAUCUUUGGAGCUCAAACAAUUCCACCAUCAUUUGUCACAUCAUAUCCAAUUACUGCUGCUGAACUUUCUUGUAUCGAUUACAAUACAACUUGUCGUUGGUCCAACAGUCUUUCAUCAUUAGCUGAAUGGAAGAUUGGAUGGAAUCGUCAACGAUGGAAGGAAAUUUUUGAAACAGAAAGUAAACCAACUGGAAGCUUCUUCUAUCAAUAUGUCGAUUCAAUCACCCAAAAACCCUAUUCAUUACUGCAAUCGGAACUUGUUCCAUGCACAAGUACUGUAACAACUUUUGCCUUUAGAUAUUGGUUGCAAGCAGGUACACAAGUUCAAGUUUGUACAGUUACUGCAUCAAAUGUUAUAAUCAGUUGUGUAUACCUAAAUGAAAUAGCUAUGCCUGGACCAAUUAGCAUUGAUAUUGAUGUACCAACUGAGGAACCAUUUCGGUUCGUAUUUGAAUUGAUCAAUUUUGAUCAUUCAACAUUUGGUCUUGUUGUUAUUGAUGAUAUGCAAUUUAUUGGUUUAUUAUGCCAUGAAAUAACGAUACCACCCACUACAACAAUUGAUCCGUUACAAAUCAAGCAACUUUUCGCACUACAACCAUAUCCAAAUUUGCUAAUUGAUAGUAUACCAACAUUAAAUUGUGAUUUUAAUCGGAAUACAUGUCCUCAAUGGGAAAAUGAUGGACAUUGGUUACUUGGAACGAUUCCAUAUGAUGAUUCAAUGAUGUCAUCGUCGUCAAUAAAAGGCACAAAUUUUUAUCGAAAUUUUUUAAAUUUUUAA